AUGGGAUUUUCAGACUUGGUUGGGGGAGGUUUGAGAUUUCAAUAUGAAAAACUUAGCAAGAGAAAUGAGAAGAAUAGCAGGUCUGGAAGGCAUAUUUGGAUGAAGAAGAUGAAUGGAAGGCUAAAGGGUUUUCGGCUAUCGCGCUCUAGGAAGUUUACUUUGAAAGUUUUCUCAGUAGUUGUGUGGCCAGGCAGGAUUGCAAGGAUUUACAGUGAGAUUGUGAACAGAUUGACUGCUGAUGGAGUUUAUCCCAAUAUUAUUUUCUCUACCCAAUGGGGGCUUCCGGUACUAUCUCAUUCAUCAGUUAAGUUUAGGGAGACAGUAGCAAAGGCUCCUUACACCAGGAGCUGUAUCAGAUAG